AUGUCGGUAUCUCAAGGGUACAGGCUUGCUCAAUCACUUGUUUGGAGUGAUCAAGAGUUUAGCUUAGCCGAGUUUGUCAAACAGUACGAAGAACCAUUUCAGCGAGCAGAUGGAGUUUAUGCUAGUAUUGAUGACAUCUAUGAAGAAACGAUCUCUCAAAUUUCAGUGUCCGAGGAUAGUGAUUAUUCUGAAUAUACUGAGUUGGAUGGCGCAUACAAAUCGGUAGCCAGAAGCCGUACGGAAAACUUUUAAGGAACCCACCGAAAAGCGAACAGGUAAGCCCACCAGCACUAUCCAUUUACCUUCGAGUUAUAAGGCAGGCGAUUUACGUAUGCUUGGAUAACCCCCCUGCAGGCCCUAACCAGUGAGCUCCAUAUAUAUCUGGAGCGAGAACUCGAGUCCAAAAAGUGAAGCCAACAUGGCGGAAAUUGAAGCGCCAUUGGACGUCCAGUCCCUUUCUACUGUUUUUGUCCUGCCUCCUCCGCAGGCCCUCGUUGUGUCAUGGGAAGGUCACGAUUUCGAGAGGACCUGCGGAAUCUUGUAAAAUGAAUAAAUGUUGUUUUGAACCUGCUUCGUUAAAGAAGGCAGUUUUAUUCGUGCAACGUUGGUGUGGACAACAAACCUUGUCGUUAAAAAAUGCUUCCUUCCACGUCCUAAGAGUCGCCAGUUUAAUUUACAAGUUUCACGCCGCUUUUUUAUAUCCUGUUUAUAUCCAAGAUUAUGUAGAAAUUUACUUGCUGACGUGACGCCGGCGCCAUUUUUUUUUACAAUACGAGCGCGGAAGGCGAAAGAAACCUGCCUCCUCCGCAGGCCCUCGUUGCGUCAUGGGAAGGUCACGAUCUGGCGAGGGCCUGCGGAAUCUUGUAAAAAAAAUGGCGCCGGCGUCACGUCAGCAAGUAAAUUUCUACAUAAUCUUGAAUAUAAACAGAUAUAAAAAAGCGGCGUGAGACUUGUAAAUUAAACUAGCGACUCUUUGGACGUGGAAGGAAGCAUUUUUUAACGAUAAGGUUUGUUGUCCACACCAACGUUGCACGAAUAAAACUGCCUUCUUUAACGAAGCAGGUUCAAAACAACAUUUAUUCAUUUUACAAGAUUCCGCAGGCCCUCUCGAAAUCGUGACCUUCCCAUGACACAACGAGGGCCUGCGGAGGAGGCAGGAAAGAAACCUCUAGGGGGGUCUGGGGGUGAAACAUUUUGAUUUGCUAAGGCUUAGAAACACUAUUUCUUGCAUUCUGAGAGCAGUUUUAACAAAAAACAAUCUCAUAAGCAGUGACACAAUUGAUCAAUUCAAAACUAGCCUCCACAAUUUUGCAUUAUUGUAUAUAUUUUAUGCAUUAACAGGCUAUAAUAAAUUUUUCAUUAAGGCAGAGUGUAAGAGUUUUAAGACUGAAAACAAUUGAAGCAAGUGAAAUUAUAGCCCUUUGAAAUGCACAAAAGGACUAAAACGAGGCUAGUCAUGCAGUCUUCUUUGCUAAAUCUAGCAGAAGCUCUGGUAUUUUUAAGAUGAAACUGACACAAACACACAGAGUCACAGACAUACAAACGCGAAUGAAAACAUAAAUGGAGGCAGAAUUAUACAAUACUGAAAGGUUCAAGGAAGAGUAUUUCACGAUUUAGUAAAUAAUUUCUCCUCUUCACUAUUCGGAUAUCUUUAUUCUUAUAUCUAUGAUCAUAUUAUUUCUACAGAAAUCAUCAAUACAGAGUAUCCCCUAGCCUGCAUGGCAGGCGGUCCCUAAAAUCGGGCAAGCCUGGGAAAGACCGCCUGCUGGGUUUGGCAGUGUAAUCGAAUUCCCCGUCCACCAGUGGACGGGAAUUGAUGAUUGGCUGCGAGUCUGAGCCGCUGUCACCCAAAAGUGAACACGCUUUUAAUAUGUCACGCUUAGCUGUUGUAUUAAAACUGAACGCUUCUCAAGUCGAAACGCGAACUGAUUGUCAAAUAAGUUCUUUGUAUGUUUGCAAGGCGAUAAAACAUAUAAUACUUUUUGUUUGUGGAAACACCACGUAAAUUUAUUACUGCAAAGCUUUCGAUCCGUAAGCCCGGAUCUUCAUCAUCUUCUUCAUAUUAUUAGCACUGAUGAAGAUCCGGGCUUACGGAUCGAAAGCUUUGCAGUGAUAAAUUUACGUGGUGUUUCCACAAACAAAACUAUUAUAUGAUUGUCAAAUCUCAAACGCGAGCAAGAUUUAAGCCCUGGGCAAACUAGGAAACAUUGUUGCGGAAACAUUUGUGAUUCUCGAUGUUUCCUCAAAUGUUUCCAUGUUUGCCCACCCGUGGAAACAAGCUUGAUUUUUACAUUGUUCUUGUUGACGCGAGAAAAUAUAACGAGAAUAAAUACAAACGGCCGACGGCCGUGGGCCCGUAUAGAGUCUUUAUUGCAACGGGUUUAACAGGACUACUACGCCUAGGCCUAUUAGCCGCUUCACUUUCUGAACUUUUUAAGGCUUUCUUUAACACACGGCUUCGUUGGGGAGACGAGACAGUUUAUAUUGGCAACUGACGUUUUUAUACAAUGCCAAGGAGUUUAUGUCUCGUUUGAUUUCCACAAUCAGUUCGCUUGCGUUUCGGAUCUUUCGCCCGCACGGUUUACAAACCUGGUCAGAUAGUUCCGAGGUAGAACUAACUUCCAUUCCUAAAUGAACUGAACAUAAUUCGGCUUAUAUUGAUCGGCCAAGGUUUUGCCACUGUCGUAAUCGUUUCUUUUGCUUGCCUUAAAUAUAAAAUUCUCCGACGAUAUACAAGAUAUUUAGUUCUCUAUUGCCCCGUGUUUUAGUUUCAAAGCACACUUAAUACACAAAUGACAGUGGUCAUUUACAUUUUCCGCGCUUGCGCUUUUCUACCUCUUGUCGUUAUGCAGAGGUCCUGAUUGAAACUUUCAAUAGCGUUUCUUUCGACAUAUUUUAUAUUUGCAAUUUUGCGACCAAACAAUAACAUAGUUUGAGUGUUUGACAGUUUCAUUUAUAUUAAUAACCUAACCCGGCAAAAAGUGGGCGGUUAUCAAAUUACACUGCCAAACCCAGCAGGCGGUAUUUUAGACCGCCUGUCAUGCAGGCUAAGCAUCCCCCUACCACCACCACCACCACCACCAACACCAACACAGACCAAAAUCCCUCCACCUUUACCAACCAGCCCACCAUCCCAGGACAAGCACCCUCAAGACCUAUCUGCUCUAACUGUUGCAGAUGUUAAGAGACUGUUGAGGUAUUUAGGCAUGAGUGCCUUCGUGGAAACACUUGAAAACGAAUUGAUUGAUGGAACGAUGUUAAUGACAUUGGACCAAGAGUCGUUAGAGUCGUUGAAUGUGCAAACAUUCCAUUCUAAGAAAUUGUUGCGGUUUAUUGGUGGUUGGCGUCCCGAUGUUUAA